UCUGGUUCAAAUAGGAGGCCUGGACAGCAGUCAUGCAUUCCGUCGCAAGUGAACAGCGAUAUCGGAUCUCCUUUGCCCAUUUCACCAGGAAGUAAGGAAACUAGAAACACAGCCAAUAUGCCAGUUGAUCUGAAUGGGUAUUGGAAAAUGAUCUCAAAUGACAACUUCGAGGAGUACUUAAAGGCCCUCGAUGUAAAUGUUGCCAUUAGGAAAAUUGCCACCUUGUUGAAGCCUGACAAAGACAUCAAUCACGAUGGUGACCACAUAGUCAUCAAGACCCUCAGUACCUUUAAGAACUACAACAUGGAUUUCCAUGUUGGCAAGGAGUUUGAAGAGGAUCUGUCAGGGGUGGAUGACAGAAAAUGCAUGACCACUAUCUCAUGGGAGGGAGACAAUCUGGUGUGUGUGCAGAAGGGAGAGAAAGAAGGAAGAGGCUGGACCCAUUGGGUGGAGGGGGAUGAGCUUCAUCUGGAGCUGAGAGCUUGUGGAGCUGUGUGCAAGCAGGUCUUCAAGAAAACCUAAACCAGCACUGGAAUUACAGAAUGGCGCACCCUACCAGAGCGCUCAAGAGAGACACAGACACAAACCAACCCUGUGACAAAGAACCCUCUAAUACACUCAUCCAUCCAUCCACCCAUCCAUCCACCCGCCCAUCCAACCAUCCAUCCUUCCAUCCUUCAUUCCAUCAAUCCUUUCACAUUUCUUUCCAUCAUUCAAACUAUCCACGACAGGGGUGAUGUAUCUGUCGAUCACUUGUACUGUAACUCUCCUUUGAUUGCCAUGUUAUAGGUGUGUGGAUACAUUAACACUGAAGUACGUGUAGUAGGCUUUGUGAUUAGUGCCUCAAUCUCUAAUGGUGUCCUGAGUUUACAACUGGGGGUGAACUUUACCAGUAGGAAGGAGGGUUUUAGUAGAGUAAAAAAGAAAAUGAGUGUGAGAGAGGUAAAGAAUGAAAAUGAAAUGGAGAGGCAGCAGAAGAUGUGACAAAUAGCUACCAGGCCUGUGCAGCUGAGUCAUCAUCGUCGUCUUAGUAGAAAACUUUACGAGUACUAACGUGUUCAGGAAAUAACAGCAGACUUUGUCUGUUUUUCCUCAAUUCAUUUGGGAGUGUCCCCUUGAUAGGAAAAAAAUCACUCAAUAAAUGAAUCUCAACAAUGUG